GAAAGAACAAGAAAAACCAUUGUGAAGCAAAGUCCUUCAUGCAUGGAUUCAAUCAACAAGAUCAUCAACUUUGUGUUUCCUCUUUUAACCUUGUAUGCACUUCUUGUCUUCUAUCCAACUUACCAGAGGCUCAAAUCCGCGUUCUACAUCUACCGGAAUCUGUUCUCGGAAAAUGUCGCUGGAAAAGUUGUUGUCAUCACCGGAGCAGCUUCUGGCAUCGGCGAGGCUCUAGCGUAUGAGUACGGGAAGAGAGGAGCGUACUUAGCACUUGUGGACAUAAGAGACGAACCUCUCUUCCAUGUCGCGGCUCUAGCUGAGCUCUAUGGCUCCCCUGAAGUCAUCCCCAUCAUCGCCGAUGUUUCCAAACUCCAAGAUUGCGAGAACCUUUAUUCGAGCCACGUGGAUCAUCUAGUGACAAAUGCAGGAGUUGCUCCACUCUAUUUGUUUGAAGACAUCGAUGAUCUCUCUAAGGCUUCGCCGGCUAUGGACAUCAACUUUUGGGGAUCUGUGUAUUGCACCUUCUUUGCUUCUCCAUACCUAAAGAAGUUUAGAGGAAGGAUUGUGGUGAUUGCUUCUGGAUGUGGAUACAUUGCUUCACCUAGACUGAGCUUUUACUGUGCGAGUAAAGCUGCUGUGAUCGCCUUUUAUGAAACACUAAGAACUGAGUUUGGACCAGAUAUCGGGGUUACGAUAGUAGCACCGGGGAUCGUCGACUCGGAAAUGAGCCGAGGCAAGUUCAUGACAAAGGACGGUAAACUCAUCGUCGAUAAAGAGCUUAGAGAUGUGCAAAUAAGCGUAUUGCCGGUGGAAUCAGCAGAAAGGUGUGCGAAAGCGAUAAUGAGGAGCGUAUGUAGAGGAGAUAGAGGCAACAGAGUCGGUAGCCCGGUGGCUGCUGAUAGUCGGACCAACAUUUCCAAUAACGAAGGCUCUUAGCAAAAAGAUCCUUGAUGUAGCCAAUGUUUUUAGUUCCUUCUUCUCUUUACCUCAUUAUUAGUAAUAUCGAUUUUUCAGUCUCUGUUUGUGUGUUUUUUUUUUACUAAAACUAUACAACUUCG